AUGAAUACGGGAUUAGUAGCCAUCAAUCUUCCAAGCAAAUUGCAAUCAAUCGAAUUCGCCACAUUUAAAGGUUGCUAUCAUUUGAAAAACAUUUCAUUUGGCAAAAACAUUACUUUUAUUGGAGCAUCAUGCUUUGAAAAUGCUUUAAACUUUUUCAGUGUGAUAUUACCUCCUAAGAUAACUUCAAUUAGUGGAAACUGUUUCAAAAAUGCUUCUCUAGCUUCAUUAGAGAUACCUGAAUCUGUCACUACAAUUGGAGUGAUGGCAUUUGAAGAUUGCCAUCUUCCAGAAAAAUUGACAAUUAGCGCUAAGAUAUAUAAUGUUGAUGUUUUUGCAUUUCAUGGAUCAAAGAACUUAAAAGUCAUCCAUUUUCUUGGAAUAACUAAUAUUGCAUAUACCGGUUUCCUAGAAUGCCAAGAUUUAGUUGAAGUUCUAUUGCCUCAGAAAGGAAGAAUUGGCUAUGAUUGCUUCAAAGGAUGUAAAAAUCUGAAAUUUGUCAGAAAACAUAUGACAAGUGGUUACAAUGAAUUAGGUUUCCAAACGAACGCUUUCCAAGACUGUAUUAAUCUUCAGGAAUUUCCAUUCUCAUACACAUAUUCAAUAAAUGAUGAAUUAUUUAAGAACUGCAUAAAUUUGCAAAAUCUAGAUCUUGAAAAGACACGAUAUAUUGGAAGUAUGGCAUUUUAUAAUUGCUCCAAUCUUACUUGUGUACAUAUUGCAGAUAACGCAUAUGUAGAAUAUGCUUCUUUUCAGUAUUGUGUCAAUUUGAAAUAUGUAUACUUAGGGAAAUUUUGUAAAUUAUAUCCAGAUGCAUUUAGUGAUUGUUAG